GUGGCUAGGUUAGGCACUGGUGGUGUCUGCCUUAUAGGAUGGCAGUACAUCCAGGUGGAGAAGGUCUUAUAUGUUCAUUGCCAAAAACCUGCAGAUGGUUUGACUGGGAUUUUCAGAGAGAUGAAAAUCGUUCAUUGGGUCUGAUAUCAUCUGAGAGAGUACUUGAGCCAUUGCAAGAUGUUGGACAACAAUUAGCGCUGACUUUUAACAAUGAAGGUUCUUUACUUGCUGUCGGCGGUGAGGUAGAUAUCUUUCCUUAUAAACUAUUUCAGGCUGAAAUGAAAGUAUGGUUGUUGCUUUCUAUUGAAGGAAAACUGUUCAACUAGAAGGCACUACUGUUUUGUUCAUUGUGUAUAUAAUGUUUUAGAAGGCCAGUUUUAUAAGAUUCCGUUCUUGUAUGUUUUAUAAGAUUACUAGGAGCACUGUAAGUUUAUCUUUAAAAUCUUUUUUCUUUACUGUCUGUUUUUGGAGGUCGCCAGCGUACCCUUAAUGCUGAGGAAUACAACAGUACCAGUUUCUCAAAAAAAAAAAAAGAUUCGGUUCUUGAAUGCUAUGAGUUAGAUUGUCUGUAAAGGAAAAGGAGGAGAUAAUCUGAGUACGAAUUAUAGCACCACUAGUUUACAUCACUAAUUACACAAAAGAAACAAUGGUGGUACACAUGUUCUCCCUGCAUUAAACUGUAAAGGUUGCAGAAAGUGACCUGAUUGAAAAAGGUUGCUGAAAGCGCUCUUUAAAGCGGGUUUGUUUU